AUGGCGGACGACACCGAAUACACCGAGUCUGAUAUCUGGGCAUCGCCCUCCCACGAUGCUCGUCCAAAAACCCCCAAAACCCCAAAGACUCCCAAAACCCCGACGGGUCCCCCUGCAUCAGAGACUGUGAGCCGGGAUGAUUUAUUGCGCAGAGAGUUGGAGGGUGUCAGAAGUGUCAAUGAAGGCAUUGAAGGCCUGUUAGGCACGCUGAAUCGAGCGGGUGGCAAUAUGCAGGUUGUUGCUAAGACUGUCGCCAAUGCGUCAACUUUAUUGAACACGUGGACGAGAAUACUAUCGCAGACCGAACACAACCAGCGCCUAAUCCUUCACCCCGGAUGGAAAGGCGUGACCCAGGACUUGGCUGAACAAGAGGCUGAAGCGUUAGAAAAGCAGCGCGCUGCCGAGCGCAAGGCUGCAGAAGAAGAGCAAAGACGAGAGGAAUUGCGCCGACGAAGAGAAGAGGAGGAGACUGCUAGAAGGUUAGCUCCCUCGACUUCUAGAGAAGUGGCACGACGGGAGGCCGUUUGCCCGAACCACCUACAUCCAGCUCAUCAAGAAGUCGCGGAACUUCAGGGAUAG